AUGUCACUGAAGCCAGCUGCAUCAGAUCCUUCAGCAAAAGCGUCAGCCGUCAGCGCUCAACCGCCGAAGAAAGUACAGCAGUCUACGGAGUCUACGACUGAAAGCCUGCCGGAACUUUACAUCGACCGGCUACUUUCUGAUAGACCCUCUCUACAGAGACUUAAAUCUGAAACAUUUCCGUUCAAGGGAAACGGGAUCUUUGGGGGAGACUACAGCGGGUAUAGUCUGACUUUCUUCUCCGAAGGCCGACGACAAUCUCUCUCGACUCGCCUCGGGCAUAACCGACUCGACGCGGUCCUGAACAAGGCAGAUAUUGUCAUAAACGCCCGUCUUAAAGCAAAAGAAAACAUCAUCAGUGAACACGUUCUCUCGAAGCCUUGGACUUCGGACAUUAGUUCGGACAAGAAUCUAACCUCGAUCUACAUACGAUCCUUCUUUGAGCAAGUGCAUCCUCUCUACCCUUUCCUAGACCCACAUGCCUUCCAGGAAACCAUUCGAAAUCCACAAUUCUCUCAGAUACUACAUACGAACAAAGCCUGGUCGGCACUGUAUCAUGCAGUCCUUGCUCUGGGAUCGCAAUACAACAACGGCGGAACAUUUGAGCCUGGGCAAAACCGAGCAUGGCAGCUUUUCUCAGUGUCACUAGCUUUGUUCCCAGAGCUUGUCAUCCUUCCCGACUCUCUCAUAGCUUUGCAAGCUGUCACUGCAAUGUCCAUAUUCGCAUUGAGCGUAUCAUGCGUUCAAAUUGAACACACCAUGAUAUCAGAGGGCGCUCGAAGAGCCCAGAACCUAAGUCUUAUCAAGUCGAGGGCGUCCCCAGACAGCGUCUACAACCGGGUGUUCUGGGUCGUCUAUUCGUUGGAAAAGAUGGCCACUUUCUACGCUGGUCGGGGGUCGGUGUUUGUCGACGCGGACAUUAGCUGCCCAAUACCUUACACCCCUACCGCGGUCUUCGGAGACUUCGACUGGUUCUUAGCAUUCGCAAGAUACGGCCGAUUGCUCGCCCGAAGUUACAACUCUCUAUUCUCAAUCAGCGUAGCAUCGAACCCUAUCAGCUACUUCACCACCACUAUCGGACAGCUGAUGGAAGAGUUAGAGCAUUGGCGGAUGUCCAUUCCCAUCAAUGUUCGCCCCGGCGAGCAAUUCCGAGCUCACGCACUCCCCGGGCCGCUCAGCACUACUAUAGCUCUAAGAGUACAUCUCCUCUACUACAACCUCGUCUUCGCCCUAUGCCGAGCUUCCUUGCACAUCAACGCCGAGGCCUCCAGAGAAGACCCCGCCAAAUCAACCCGCCACUCGGAGAGCAAAACGCUCCUCGUCAAAGCCUCCUGCGCCAUCCUAGAACUAACCCCCUACAUCGACGUAGCUCCCUACACACCCGUCUGGGUCCUCGCCGGCGUGCCCCUCUCCGGCCUCUUCGUCCUCUUCGACCUCGUCAUCCACAACCCCACCCACCCAGAAACCAGCACUAACCUCGCCCUCCUCGACGUCGCCAGCGGCCACUUCAGUCGCGUCGAGUACGCCUCCGGCGGCACGCUCCCGGGCUCCCUCGUCUCCGAGUUUGCGCACAUCGCGCGCGAGUACGUCCGCGACGUGCAGCUGCGCGAGGCCGGGCAGGGGAACCGCAUCCAGUGGUCGAAUACGCUGCUGAAUCAGCCGAGCAGCGGGAUCCAGAGCCAGAGCCAGAGCCAGAGCCAGAGCCAGAGCCAGAGCCAGAGCCAGAGCCAGAGCCAGAGCCAGAGCCAGAGCCAGAAUCAGAGCCAGAUAGUGAUGCCGCCGGCGGAGGUGUCGGGGGCGAGUGCGGCGGGCGUGACGGAUGCACUGUUUUUUCCAAUUAGCGACGAUCCGUAUUAUAUGCCUGAGGGGCUGUUGAUGGGGACGGAUGUGAUGGAUUUGUUUGGGUCGGUUAUGCCGCCCACGGAGUCGGGGAAUGAGAUGCCCGAGGCGUGGAUGCUCUCGGGUAAUCAGACACAGAUGGGGUAG